CAGUGAAGGACUGGGCUGGGGUCAUGAUCUGUGCCCAGAACUUGACUGGACGCAUGAUGGUGGUGCUAGUGUUCAUCCUCAGUUUCGUGGGACUGAUCAUUUACUUCAUUGACUCCUCAGAUCCUAUAGAAUCCUGCCCGAACUUCCGCACUGACUUCACCUUGCAGGUCGACAUGGUGCUCAACGUCUUCUUCCUGCUGUACUUCGGGCUGCGUUUCAUUGCAGCUAAUGAUAAGCUAAAGUUCUGGCUGGAGGUGAAUUCAAUUGUGGACUUCUUCACUGUGCCACCAGUAUUUGUGUCUAUGUACCUUAACAGGAGUUGGCUGGGGUUGCGUUUUUUAAGGGCCUUACGAUUAAUACAGAUGGCAGAAAUUUUACAGUUUUUAAAUAUUCUACAAACUAGCAAAUCCAUAAAGUUGGUGAACUUGUGCUCAAUCUUCCUAAGCACAUGGCUAACUGCUGCAGGCUUUAUACACUUGGUGGAAAAUUCAGGGGAUCCUUGGGAAAACUUUGAAAAUUCCCAGGAAGUUUCCUACUGGGAAUGUGUGUAUAUGCUCAUGGUAACCAUGUCCACAGUGGGAUAUGGCGAUAUCUUUGCUCAAACAGACCUUGGACGCAUUUUCAUGGUGUUCUUCAUCCUUGGUGGUUUGGCCAUGUUUGCUCGCUAUGUGCCAGAAAUCGCCUCUCUCAUCUUUAAUCGGCAGAAAUAUGGAGGGAAUUAUAACUUCAACCCAAGAAGAAAGCAUAUUGUGGUAUGUGGUCAUAUUACUCUGGAAAGUGUUUCCAACUUCUUGAAAGACUUCCUACAUGAGGACAGAGAUCCUGCUAAUGUAGAAAUUGUUUUUCUCCAUCAUAUUGAACCCGAUCUUGAGCUGGAAGCUUUAUUCAAACGCCACUUCACUCAGGUGGUGUUCUUACAGGGUUCCAUCCUAAAUCCCUGGGAUCUCACUCGAGUCAAGAUUGAACUAUCAGAUGCCUGUUUCAUUAUAGCUAAUAAAUACGCUUCAGACCCUGAUACAGAGGAUGCCUCCAAUAUCAUGAGAGUGAUAUCCAUCAAGAACUACAAUUCAAGGAUACGUAUCAUCACCCAGAUGCUACAGUCUCACAAUAAGGCUCACCUGCUGAACAUCGCCAGCUGGAACUGGCAGGAGGGUGAUGAUGCGAUCUGCCUGGCUGAGCUGAAGCUGGGCUUUAUUGCCCAGAGCUGCCUGGCUCAGGGCCUUUCUAGUAUGCUGGCCAACCUCUUCUCCAUGAGGUCCUCCAUUCAGAUUGAAGACGAUAUAUGGCAGAAGUAUUAUCUGGAAGGAGUGUCCCAAGAAAUGUACACAGAUUACUUGUCUAAUGACUUUGUGGGUUUAUCAUUCCCUGAGGUUUGUGAGCUGUGCUUUGUGAAACUAAAUCUGUUGCUGAUAGCCAUUCAGUUCAAGCAAAUAGAUCACAGAAACGUCAAUAUGAUGAUUAAUCCAGGAAAACACGUGAAGUUGCAAGAGAAAACACUGGGAAUCUUCAUUGCCAGUGAUUCCAAAGAAGUGAAGAGGGCCACAGUGUACUGUAAAGCUUGUCAUGACAACAUUUCCGACCCAAAACUGAUCAAGAGCUGUGGAUGCAAGGAAACUAACUCUAAUGGAUAUGCCAAAUCCAUUGAUGAGUGGGAAUCCCCUCUGUCAUCUAAGAACAAACAACAGAAUAAAGAAAAUAAAGAAAUGAGGAUGUCAGUCAACUCUUCUCCACAAAAUAGAAGACACAUGACGGAGGUAAUGGAUGGCCAUGUGAAGAGGUUUGAUUCCACAGGAAUGUUCCACUGGUGCCCUAGCAAAGACAUAGAGGAGGCCAUACUGUCCCGCAGCGAAGCGUCUAUGACACUUCUGGGCGGCCAUGUGGUGGUCUGCAUCUUUGGUGAUAAAAAGUCAGCUCUAGUGGGCCUGAGGAACCUGGUGUUGCCUCUCAGGGCCAGUAACCUCCACUAUCAUGAACUGAAGACUAUCGUCUUCGUGGGCUCACUGGACUACCUAAAGAGGGAGUGGGAUUCACUCAGCAACUUCCCCAAAGUCUCCAUCUUACCCGGCUCUUCUCUAAGCAGAGCGAAUCUCAGGGCUGUGAACAUCAACCUAUGUGAAAUGUGUGUCAUCAUAUCAGCCAAUCAGAAUAUUGUAGAGGAUGCAUCAAUGCAGGAUAAGGAAUGCAUCCUGGCCUCACUUAACAUCAAAUCCAUGCAGUUUGAUGACACCAUAGGCCUUCUGCAGGCGAACUCCCAUGGCUUCACUCCUCGAGGUAUGGACCACUCUUCUGCUGAGAACAGCCCUGUGAACAGCCUGAAGAGACAAACAGUUAUUAUGGAAGCUAAAGCAGACAGUGUGAACUCAUUGUGUAUGAUCAAGGGUAAGAGCAGUGGACUCUCAAUUCCUAUGAUCACCGAGCUUGUGAAUGAUAGUAAUGUGCAGUACCUGGACCAGGAUGAUGAAGAUGACCCAGACACUGAGCUAUACCUAACACAGCCUUUUGCCUGUGGGGCAGCAUUCGCUGUCAGUGUGCUCGACUCUUUAAUGAGUGCUACUUACUUCAAUGAUAACAUUCUGACAUUGAUCCGGACGCUGGUCACAGGUGGAUCCACCCCGGAGCUGGAGGGUUUGUUGGCAGAGGAGAACACCAUGCGUGGGGGCUACAGCACCCCUGAAUCACUAGCCAAGAGGGACCGGUGCCGUGUGACCCAGGUGGCCCUGUGUGAAGGGCCCUUUGCUGAACUCGGGGAAGGAGGUUUAUAUGGUGACUUAUUCUGCAAGGCAAUGAAAACGUACAACAUGCUGUGUUUUGGAAUAUAUCGACUGCUUGACGUUUCCCGGACCAGUGAGAAUGCAAUCCGGAGAUGCAGACCGAAUAUACAUGAAACACCCCGAGACCAUGUUAAGCGGUUUAUAAUUACCAACCCUCCAUAUGACUUGGAGCUGAAACCUACUGACAUGGUGUUCUGCAUGAUGCAGUUUGACCCUACUGGGGGUCAUUCGGGCAACACGCUCUCACACUCCUCCCCGUCCUACAGUUCAAGCAAAAAGAACUCAGCAAGCGCAGGCCCAUGCAAUGGUCAGCCAAAGAGCCGUUAACCAUGGAACAGGCAGAAUGCAUCACUUUGCAGAAAAGGCUUGGUACACAGAUGAAGCAGAGAAUUGCCUCUCCAGAAAAACACCAGUCAGACCCAGCAAACCAACACACUGCUCACACAAACACAGUCUGGCCAUGCAGUACAAACCUACAACCACUCAUAUCCCUCCAAUCUGAGAGACAGAAGAGAACUGAUGGCAAAAUCAUGUGCCUUGCUGGCACAAUCCAGAUGCAUCAAUCAAGCAACUUUGACUAUGAUAUGCCAAACUUAAGUGGAUCAUAGCAGUCAACAAUAUUGGCAAACAUAUUUAUAUGUUUUAUGUUAGCUACAUUUUGCUCAUGCAGUAAAUAACAUGGUGGUAUUUGAACAUGGUUAGUAUAUGAAUAUAGUCAAAUUUAUUAUUUAUCAUAUAUUUAUGGUCACACUGUAGAUAAGAGCAGACAAUCAUAGCACUUCACUUCACUAGACCAGUUUGAGUUUUAUGUGUAAACUAUGGCUAAGGGGCCAGAAUGUCUUAAUUUAAGAGAACAGAGAUAAAUGCAAAAACAGGUGAGAGCUGGGAGAUCUCAGAAUGGGGGAAAAGGUAAUCAGAGAACUUCGCCUUAAAUGUAAUAGAAUAGAAUAAAGUAUAAAAUAAACAUAAUUCCAUUCAGGGGAACUAAAGUCAGUAACCAUAAAUGCUACCUUAAAUUUGUGAUAUACUUCUUAAUAGCAUAUGAACCACUUGUUUUUUAGACAAAUGAACAACAAUAAUCACAAUUUAUAAUUUUUAAUAUAUUUAUUUAAAAUGUUAGCUUUCAAAUCAUUAAGUGCUUUACAUAAAAAUAAUUUAAAUUCAAGUUCCGUUUUAAAAGCCACAAGCCCUAUCAUGAUUGAGCUGUCUGGAUCAGACUGUUGUGAAUUUGAUGCGACAUAUUACAGAGUGGGCAAUUGCAGGUCCUUGUUUGGUCAGAGCCUCCAGGUUGGAAUGAUGGCGAGAUGAGCUUGGAUGUUCUUCAUGCCUAACCUGAGUGAACUAUUUGAAAAUAAUCUCAUCUGUCCAGGAGUUACUGACCAUUAUCACAGCUCAACCAUUGAUGUCAUAAAUGUGGCUUGGGUUCUUUUACAGAGAUAAUAAUAGCUUCAUCUGAAAUCUGUUUUCUUACAUCUUAUAGCUGUAUUUGAUGUUGUUUUUUGUAAUUUGCUUACAGUCAUCAAAAUUUAAAUAAAUACUGUGUACAGCUAAAGAAAAGUGCAGUUAAGUAAUCAAAUUAGUUGUUUAAAAAGCUAAACAUUUCAUAUCCUAUUAAUUCACAGACAUGUGUUUUGUCUAGCUUUAAUUAUAGGUCUCAUUAAAUUUGUCAUGAUUCUGUGCAUUCCCUUGCCACUGCUGAAAGCAAUAUACUGCAUCACUUAGUUUACUUCACAGUCAGUGUCAUUAUAGGCUGUUCUGAGAUCAGCUGUCUGUGCUUGGCAUUUCUUUGGUUUCGUGGAUUACUCAGUCUCGUACCGAACACAUCAAUGCAGAGACAAAACGAGGAUCCCCUAUGCCAACUCCAGUCAGAAGUGACAUCCACUAAACACUCAGUUAAUAGGUCAGCUGUUGUGAUUCCAUACAGCUACAGCAUAAGUGCAAAGUGAACAACAAUCUGGCUGAGAAAAUCAAUUUUCUUAUGUAAUUCUGACAGUUUCCUGAUUUUUCUUUCCAUGUGUACAUUAUUUUAGGUUCACUAAAAACUUGAAAAAAGAAAACAAAAAUUAAUCAAUUGACCACCAGUCAAAUACAUAGUUUCAUGAAUGCAUAAAUAACCUUUUUUAAAAGCUGGAUAAAAAAUUUAUUCCACCCAGGAAUUCGUUUGUUGUGUGAAAUGAUUGUAUAUUAAAACAUUGUGCAAUAGAGAGGUUUUACGCACAAUUACAGUUUUUCAUGUACAAACAUUUUGCAAAUAUCAUGUACAUGAUUUUAGUUUGUGUAUUCUGAGAAUAAAACCAGGGUGUUUUGUGUUGUAAA